UAACCACUUUCAGACACUUGUUUCUACAUUCUCUUUCAACAGAAAGAAGGAAGAUAGAGAGACAGAGACAGAGAGAGAGAGGGAGAGAGAGGGGUGUUCUAAUAAGAUCUCUUCAACACAUAUAUAUUCUCUCCUCCUUCUUCUGCUUCUUCUUGCUCUUCUGUGGGUCAUAGGCUCAUAGCUCAGCUCAAUAUCUGCAUUCUUUGUUUUUCUCUUAAGUGGCUGAAUUUUUUUUUAAAGUGGGUUUUGUUUCUUUGAUUUUUUUUUUUUUAAUGAGAAAACGGGUUUUUGUUUUUCUUUUCUGGGGAUGAUUCAAGAGGGAAAUUAAGUUAUCAGAAAUCUAAAAGAUUUAAUUUUGGUAUUGGAGAUUGAUAAAGCUUGGAUAUUUUGGAUGGUUUUGCCACACGGGAGGCACAAGGUGUGUUCUUUUUAGCUCCCCUUUUUCGUGGAUGUUUCUCCAUCUCUAAUUUGUCAUUGUCAUUUGCUUCUUUUCCUGUAAGUUUCUUUCAAUUUAGAUUUCUCUCCCUUUCUCUUUUUUUCUAUUUUGUUGUUCUUUGGUGCAAAACUCGAGAACAUUAGAGAAACAAGUAAUAAGAAGUACAAGGCAGAAGAUAAAUGUGGAGAAAAUAGAGAAUUAUUCUGAUAUUAUGGAGUUCUAAGCAGGCCGUUGAGCAAGAUCUUGAAAUUUAGAAGAUGCUGAUGUUAUUUUGUACUGAAAAAUAGAGGUGAGUGUUUUGGAUCUUGAACUCCUUCUGAUGGUUUUACAAUAAUUGGUGGGAUUUGUAAGGCCAUGCCCUUUUCUGCUACUAUCAAUUCUAGAAUCUAAGGGGCUUCUAAGAUUGAGGAACUUUGACAAGAAUGUGUUGAGCAAGUGUUGUUGACUUGGGUGCAAUGUUAAGAGCAUUAGCUUCUCGACUAUUCUUUCUCAUAUCAUGUAUUAUGAUCUCUGUCUCUGCCCUUGAUCAUGAAUUUGUUAACUGCAACUGCGAUGAUGAGGGCUUUUGGAGCGUGCAUAGCAUUCUUGAGUGUCAGAAGGUGAGUGAUUUCUUAAUUGCAGUAGCCUAUUUCUCAAUUCCUAUCGAGCUUCUUUACUUUGUUAGCUGCUCCAACUUUCCACUUAAAUGGGUCUUGCUUCAGUUCAUAGCUUUCAUAGUCCUUUGUGGGUUGACGCAUUUGCUCACUGGAUGGACUUAUUAUGGGCCUCACUCAUUUCAAUUGAUGCUGUCUCUCACUGUUGCUAAAUUCCUUACUGCUUUGGUUUCAUGUGCUACUGCUAUAACCCUUUUGACUUUGAUUCCUCUUCUCCUGAAAUGGAAAGUGAGAGAGCUUUUCUUGAAGCAAAAUGUGUUGGAGUUAGAUCAAGAAGUGGGAAUGAUGAAAAAGCAGAAGGAAGCGAGUUUGCACGUUCGAAUGCUUACUCGAGAGAUCAGGAAGUCGCUUGAUAAGCAUACCAUAUUGUAUACAACUUUGGUUGAGCUUUCUAAGACUUUGGAUUUGCAUAAUUGUGCUGUAUGGAUGCCAAAUGAGAAUAGAACAGAGAUGAAUCUCACCCACGAGUUGAAACCAAGCGGUAAGCAUUAUCACCUUUCUAUUCCUGUCAAUGACCCGGAUGUGUUAGAGAUAAAAGAUGCCAAGGGGGUAAAGAUUUUGAGGCCAGAUUCAGCACUUGGGGUGGCAAGUGGUGGUGGGUCUGAGGAGGCAGGUGCUUUGGCAGCAAUUCGGAUGCCAAUGCUUCAGGUUUCAAAUUUCAAAGGGGGCACACCUGAACUAGUGGAUACUUGUUAUGCUAUACUUGUUUUGGUUCUUCCAGGCAUGAAUUCUAGGGCUUGGACCUAUGAGGAAAUGGAAAUAGUGGAAGUUGUUGCUGAUCAGGUGGCUGUGGCAUUAUCUCAUGCUUCAGUUCUUGAAGAAUCUCAGCUAAUGAGAGAGAAGCUGAGCGAGCAAAAUCGUGCGUUGCAGCAAGCUAGGAAGAAUGCUAUGAUGGCAAGCCAGGCAAGGAACUCCUUUCAGAAGGUUAUGAGUCAUGGAAUGAGGAGGCCAAUGCACUCGAUCUCAGGUCUACUUUCAAUGUUCCAAGAUGAGAACAUGAGCUUUGAACAGAGGAUUAUUAUUGAUACAUUGGUGAAAACCAGCAAUGUUGUAUCGACUUUGAUAAAUGAUGUGAUGGAGAUAUCAACAAAAGAUAAUGGAAGGUUUUCAUUAGAAGUGAGGGCUUUCCGAUUACACUCCAUGAUCAAGGAAGCUUCUUGCCUUGCUAAGUGCUUUUGUGCAUAUAAAGGCUUUGGUUUUGAAAUUGAUGUUCAGAGUUCUUUGCCUGAUUUAGUGAUAGGAGACGAGCGGAGGGCUUUUCAAGUGAUUCUGCAUAUGGUUGGAUAUCUAUUGAAUGCCCACGAUGCAGGUGGAACUGUCAUAUAUCGGGUUUUCUCAGAGAGUAGUAGUGAGGGCAAGAAUGAUAGAAUGUUGGGGAUGUGGAAAUCAAAUGCUCCUGAGGAGUUUGUGUUGAUCAAGUUUGAGAUCGAGAUUAAGGAGACAAGUUCUUUGUCAGAUGGAUCUGUCUCAACCGCACAUUCUUCCGGAAGAAGGCAAAACAGCGAUGAAGUUAAGGAAGGCUUGAGCUUCAGCAUGUGCAAAAAGCUUGUGCAGAUGAUGCAAGGUAAUAUCUGGAUAUCGCAGAACUCUGUGGGUUUAGCACAGAGCAUGACUCUGGUUCUUAGGUUUCAAACCCGACCUUCUUAUGGAAGAGCCAUAUUUGCCGCUGGAACUACCUCAGAACAACCAAAUUCCAAUUCUAUAUUCAGAGGCCUCCGAGUUAUUCUUGCUGACGAUGAUGAUGUAAACAGAACUGUGACCAAGAAGCUGCUUGAGAAGCUAGGCUGUGAAGUGACUGCUGUUGCAUCUGGGUUUGAAUGCCUCAGCGCGCUUAGUUCUGCUGAAAAUUCUCUUGGCGUAGUUAUUUUGGAUCUUCAGAUGCCUGAAAUGGAUGGCUUUGAAGUAGCAAUGAGAAUCCGAAAGUUCCGAAGUCGUAAUUGGCCAUUGAUUAUAGCCUUGACUGCCAGUGCUGAGGAUAAUGUUUGGGAAAGAUGCCUACAAAUGGGAAUGAACGGAGUAAUCAGAAAACCUGUCCUCUUACAAGGAAUGGCCGAUGAGCUUCGAAGAGUUCUGCAAAGAGCAGGUGAAGGGUUGUAAGAGCCAGAAAAUUCUCGUGGCGCAUUGGUCAUCUCACCUUCAGGCAUACAUUUACACAAGGGUAUACAAAAUGUAAACUGUCAUUUUUUUGCUGAUCAUUUUCUCAAAUUGAGCUCUAUGAUUAGAACUUCACAGAAGAAUGAAUUAUGACUUUCAUGUGAAAAACUAGUCAAGGUUUUGUCUGAUAGAGAAACAAAGGAUAGUUGAUAUGAUUGACAGCAUUAAUGAGCAGUGGAAUUGAGACAA